CUGCUCGUAUGACUAAUGUUACAAAAGUUUAGCUUUAUGAACUUCUCAAUAAUUAAUUUGUAACAUGGCGGCCAAAUAACGUUAAAGCUUUUUAAAAUGGCUCCGUGGCUGCGUUGAAGACAAUUUACCCGUUACUAAUCUAUCUUGUCUUAAAUGCAGUUUUGUGCAGAUUAUCGUGAGUUUUUCUUCUUCGAAGGUAUCAAUGCCGUGGAUUAUAUCUUGACUGAAACAAAAGCGGUCGAAUUUGUUUCACAAAAGGUGGUGAAUCCGUCACGCUGACUUCGACACAAUCGAUCACGUAAACGAACUUUAAGUCAGCUUUAUCGAGUUUAUAUCGAACUUAACACGGUUCCUCAAUUCUUACUUCUUUCAAAUGCCAAUGCUUUCGGAAAGAUCUUGGGGUAAAUAUUUGGGCUAAGGUGAAAUCAUUAUGGUAACGGCAGUUCAGGUGAGAGAACAUUGUUCAUGCGUUAAGACUUCAAAGGAUUUGAAAUGACGAGCUCAUUCAAUUCGUGGGCACAAAUACUAGGUAUUUUAUAUACGAGCUUGUUUUCCAGUUAAUGCUAAAUGCUAAGUGAUUCAACUUUCUCGAAGGAAGAAAAUUUCACAAUUCAAUAACAAAAAUGCAAAACAUCUUUUGAAACUGGAAUGAAAUAUUGUGAGAGUAAACAAUUAAAUGCGUUUCAAAUCAGAAAAUCGGAUUAUUUUGAUUUUGCUAUGCACUGAACGUUCUGAGGCAAUGUACGUAUUAGGAGUAGACGGUAGGGUAAACAAAGAUUUGUUUCCAAACGAAAUCUCGUCACUGCUUUUUGGGGGGCUGAGUGAAUUGUUUCUCAUGGUUUCAUGGUCCUUUAUCAAGCUACAUUGUUCAUAUUAUUAUAGAGAGGGAUAAUUUUAGUUGGUGUUUUGGGUAAAGGUAAAGUCUGCAUGCAAGCCAAGUGGCCCAUCAGGCCGGAGCUUAUCCGGGUUUCGGUAGCAUGAAGCGACUAGGAUUAGUUCUACUUCCCCCUGGUUGGGAUGCUAGUCCAUUGCAGGGUUAAAGGUGUUUUGGGUAGUAUUCUAGUAAGGAAGUUUCAUGCAUGUUUAAUUGAAAUGCAAAAAUCACACCUCACUUUACUGUAGAACACAGUCAAAAGUUGUUUGCACAGGAUCAAUUAUUUCACCUUAGAGAUGAAGGCUUUUGAUAGCUUUAUUUCUACUAAACUAACAAUUUGCCCUAGACAUUCUUUUAUUGUGAUGUGGAUGUUUGCAUAGGAUCAAUUAUUUCACCUUCCAGAUGACAACUUGUCAUAGUUUUUCUUUCACCAAGCUAACAAAUGGCCCCAGACAAUGAUUAUCAGCAUAAAGGGUUUCCCAAAAUAAUCAGCAUUUAACAAGACUUGCUUUCAUUAGGGCAAUGCAUGCACGGAAUGCAACAGUGAAGAAAGUUGACAAGACAUUACAAGCCUUAAGUUCUGUGACGCUGUCUGUCACUCCAAACACUGAUCAUGUGAAACAUGGGGCUGUAUCUCCAGCCAUUGCAAGUGAGGACAGCGAUGAUUCUGAUGGAUGGGAAACUGACCUGGAGUGUGAAGAGUGUAAGCCACAGUAUGACCCCACAGGACGUACUCUCUAUCAGCGGGCUUGUCAGAAACUCGGCAUCAUUCCAGCUUCCUACUUUGUGCGACACAUGAUUGAGCCAACUGUUACCAUGAUGCAUCAUGGCCUUGGUCCACUAGGCAUUCGUGCAAUGGCUUUGGCACUUUUGUAUAACACAAAAGUUACAAGCCUGAACAUAAGGGAUAACGGAAUUGGAGAGGAAGGAGGCGCAAUCAUGGCUAAGCUAUUAAGAGAAAACUACUUUAUAGUGGAGCUGGAUAUGUCAGAAAAUCAGCUUGGUCGAGGAGCCAUUGCUGAGAUAGCAGAAACUCUUAAAGAGAACAAUACAUUGACAAAGCUUGGACUUGCAGGAAAUUCCCUGGAUGACAAAGAUGCUGAUGUGAUAUGCCAAUCACUGCUUGUAAACAACACACUAAGCAACUUGGAUCUGAGCUGCAAUAAAUUCUCUAACAAAGCUUGUGAGUUCUUCACAAAGGUUCUGGAUGAGAAUAUCACCUUGUGCGAGCUUGAUCUUAGUUGGAACCAUAUUCAGGUGAAAGGAGGACAAGCCCUUGCCAAAGGACUGAGAGGAAACGUGAAGCUUAAAUCUCUCAACUUGGCAUGGAAUGGUUUAUCAGAUGAUGGAGCACGUGCGAUAGCUGCAGCUUUGCUUGAAAAUGGAACACUGCAAGUUUUAGACUUAAGUUGCAAUAGAAUCUCAGAUACAGGAGUUUUUAGUAUUGCAAGAUCUUUAGAAAGCAAUUCAUCACUUGAAGUGUUAAGACUCUCAAAGAACAACCUGCAAAACAAUGGAGCCUGUGCCAUACUGAACUCCAUCGUCAAAAAUGGAGACAGUAGAAUAUCCAAGAUUGACCUCACCGGCGUCAUCGUUAAAGAGGAGUUCAACUUAAUUGCAGAUGAAUUGAGAAAACUGAAGCAGGUUGAAAUCAUCACAGAUGAGACACCUGAAGUGAGAAGCAAACGAGAAGAACCCGACCCAGGUACACUUCUCCGUAACUACAUUGCCAAGGAACAUGUACUUGUGGUUGACUUAUUUCGUAAGUUAGAUCAUGAUGGCAGCAUGCAAGUGAGUGUCAAGGAAUUUGCCGAAGGUCUGCGGAAAUCACACGUUGGGAUGACACAGUACGAGGUGGAUAAAAUCAUUGACAUACUGGAUGCUGACAAAGAUGGAGAAAUUGACUACAGUGAGUUUGUUUGCAUUCAAGCUGAAUGGAAGAGCGAAGAAAAAGGGAAGAGAAAGAUUUCUUCAAAAGGACCUAACUAGAAUACCCAUGAAGCAAAACUAUUUUGUAAGUUGCUUGAGCAGCUUUUGCUGAAAGAAAAAUUGUAUUGUUCCUCACCACAGCUUUGCCUUUUUUGCUAUCGCUUCCUGAAUUCCAUGACAAAGUUUUUAAAAUAAGGUUGCACUAUCAGAAUUCACUAAAAUCCCAACAUGUUUGGUAUUGAACGUGUAGAUGGUGAUAGAAAAUGUCAAGUCAAAGUAGCCAUUAUAUUAUACACUGUACAUUUCACACCUGUGGAGGAGCAAUGGCCUAAGAUUAUCAUGCUGGAGCUCAUAUCAAAUGGUCAGGGUUAACGCCCUGGCAAGGGACAUUGUGUUAUGUUCUUGGGCGAGCCACUUUACUCUGAGUUCCUCUCUCCACCUAGGAUUGUAAUGUAAAUGGGCACGCCACUUGCAAAUUUAAUGCAGGGGGGAGGGAGUAAACCUGCAAUGGACUAGCAUUCCUCCCAGGGGGGAGAAGAACAUUAAUACUUAGAACUACCUGUAGUUGCUUAAUGCCAAGGAAAGUGGGAUAAGCUCCAGCCCUAUGGAUAACUUGGCCUGACACCGACUUUACCUUACAUAUCAUAUCUGACAUUUUAGCUGACACUUUAUGCAAUUUUUUGUACAUUUUUGUUUUCCAUCGUUUUCUAUCAUCUGUAGUCAGACUUGAACUCAGUUAUUUUGAAUUCCCUGUUACCUCAAUCUGAGGUAAAUGAGGCCAGUGAUCUUCAGUCAUUUACUAUCAGCCAUUUCAAAUUCCCACUAUUUUGAACUAUUUUUCGUUUCCCUUGAGAGUUCUAGAUAGCGGGGUUCAACUGAGUGUAUUUUAGCAGUAACAUUACAAACUUGUAUUUCGCUACUUCUAAUUGUCCUCCAUAUUUCAAAUUUUUUGUCACCUCUAUACAUGAAAGUUUACUUUUGACCAAUAUUUUCCUGGAACUCAGGGAUUCAGAUAAUUAUGUUUGAGGAAACCAAUAAAUUAUUGAUUUCAGUGAACAACUAUAUGCAAAAGUAUGGACACUCUACAGAUGAUCUGGAGAUACAUGACCAAUAUUUUUAACUGGUCAUAUCCUUUUUUAUACAAAUUAUUUUUGUUGUUUUUUACUUUCUUUUCUGAAUUUGCACAUCACCUAAAGAACUCCAGGAAAGAAAGUUUUGCAACAGUACUAGAUUAGAGGAAACAUUUCUUUUGAGCUCAACUCAUUGUACAGUGCAUAGUUGCCGGGAGUUUAGUGAACAAAACUCUACAAAAAAAAUGCCAGAUCUGUUUUGAUGAAAACAAGUUGCAAAGUUUAUAGGAAAUUAAAAUUAAAAUGAAUUUUAAUCUAUUAAUUUAUUAGAGAGAUAACUUAUUAGUAUCUCUCACCAAACUGUUAAAUAAGAUUUUGAUGACGUUUAUGAAAUAAAAUUCUGAUUAUGAUCAUGAAGUGUCAUAGGGGAAAGAAUUUGUUGCACUGCAGU